UUUCAAUUUCUGUACAGAUUUUCGCAAGGUUAGGUUAGUCUUCUUUGAACUAAUUGAUAGAAAGAAAAAACAGAAAGGCCAAUCACUCUUAAAUUUUAAAUUUUUUUCAGUGCACUGACUACUGCAAAACCAACAAGUUGCAAGAAAAAAAAUAUGAACCCUUUAAACAAAGUUACCUUGAGAUGGCGAGGACCCUGGACAUGAUCCAUAUUAGACUGUCUGAACCUGGCAAUGCAUCCUUGACCGUCUACCUCUGUAAGGAAAUAGUAGGUGACAUCAAUGCCAUCCUACUAUACUACUUUACCAAGCAUCACAAACGUGUCAAAUCAUGCUCGAUUGGUAGGGACGAAUGGAAUGCUUCAGUACAAUCUUGCAAAGAUCUUCAUAAAACAAUACCCAACAAUAUCAUAAACAACUACUUUGUCAUCCCCGGGAGGUUCCUCCUAUCAGGGAAUGGAAUGGGGAAUGUAAAGAGAAAGAGAAGACUUAUCAGAGCAUUGGAGUUGGUCCUGGAGGAGAUGAACCUCAUCUAACCUUUGAUGAUGGUCCUGGAGAAGAUUAACUUGGAAGAGAUGUGCUAGGUCCUGAAGGAGAGAAACAAGGAGAGGAGACAAAUAGAGGAGAUGUUGAAUGAAAUGUAAGAUAAGAAUGGAAAUGGUUUAACUUGUAUAAAUACUGAAUGAGAAUAUAAAAUAAAUGAAAUGUAAUAUAAGAAUGGAAAUGGUUCAACUUGUAUAAAUACCGAA